AUGGAGCCUUUGAAUGUCUUGAUGAUCGGUACCGGAGAGUACACCACCGGCUUCGUCGGUGGAGGUGCCUCUGGCUCAGACAAGAAGGUUGGUGUCGUUGGUCUCAGCCUCUUUGACCUGCGCCGUCGCGAAAAGGUCAACAAGCUGGGCAUGGUUGGAGUCAAUGGCAAGAAGUUCCCUGCUAUUCGCGAACAUCUCGAUAAGAACAUCCAGCAAGUCUACAACAACCUCGACACCUCCUUCGACUCAUUCCCAGAAAACGACAAGGUCGACCCCGAUGCCUACAAGGCCGCCAUCGACGCCCUCAGCCCCGGAAGUGCCAUCACAAUCUUCACCCCAGACCCUACCCACUUCCCCAUCGCAAAGUAUGCCAUUGAGCGCGGCAUCCACGUCAUGAUCACAAAGCCCGCUGUCAAGGCCCUCGAGCAGCACCAGGAGCUGGUCGACCUUGCUCAGCAGAAGGGCGUCUACGUCUACGUCGAGCACCACAAGCGCUACGAUCCCGCCUACGCUGAUGCCCGCGCAAAGGCCCAGAAGCUCGGCGACUUCAACUACUUUUACAGCUACAUGUCCCAGCCCAAGUCGCAGCUCGAGACCUUCAAGGCCUGGGCCGGCAAGGAGUCUGACAUCUCCUACUACCUCAACAGCCACCACAUCGACAUCAACGACUCUAUGGUCCAGGAGCGCGGUUACGUGCCCGUGAGCGUCAGCGCCUCUUCCUCCAAGGGUGUUGCUGUUGACCUAGGCUGCGAUCCUGCGACCGAGGACACCAUCUCUCUCCUCACCACAUGGAACAAGAAGGACGAUCCCAGCAAGCGCGCCGUCGGUGUCUACACUGCUUCAUGGACUGCGCCCCAAAAGGCCGGCGUCCACUCCAACCAGUACUUCCACUACCUCGCCGCCAACGGUGAGAUCCGCAUCGAUCAGGCCAAGCGAGGCUACGACGUCGCCGACGACUCUGUUGGUCAGAUGAUGUGGUACAACCCCUUCUACAUGAAGUACGCCCCCGACGAGGAUGGCAACUUUGCCGGACAGACUGGUUACGGCUACAUCUCCAUCGAGAAGUUCGUUGACGGUUGUCGCGCCGUGAACGCUGGCAAGCUCAAGCCUGAAGACCUUGACGCUAAGCCUCUACCCACUCUCAGAAAUACCAUUGCCACAACCGCGAUUCUCGAGGCUGGUCGAAGGAGUAUUGAUGAGAAGAGGGAGGUGAAGAUUGUGGUUGAGAAUGGCAAGUGGAGGCUGGAGUAA